AUGGAUAAGAUCGGCGUGGAGGUGAGGGACGGCGUGCUCUACAUCACCAUACCCAAGUUGACAGCAGGGGGCAAGGUCGUCAACAUCCAGGUAACAGCAUGUGGCUUUAGACUAUGUGCAAUGUUAUCUGAAAUACUUAAGGGGAGCCUGAAGACAUGCUUGGUUAUAGAUGUGACCACUAAUGUUGAAAAAUGUUAUUAUUCAUAUUUUGAUUGGAGUGGAGAGAAAUCACGCAGGUUCACUAGAGUUGGCAUGAAAAAGAAUCCCCCAGAAUAUGCAAAGACAAAUCCACAUAGCUUGGACGAAGGCAUCAUCGAGGCUCUAUUCGGCACUGCAGCAGCAAACCGCAAGCCUAAAUCUGCAGACUCCAAGGAAUCUGCUGGAUCGUCGGCCGGCCUCGGGCGCUCAAACACGCCGGAGCAAAUAUUCCUGCUCGAGCCGCGCAAGUCGCACAAUAUUUCCAUCAUCCUGAAGUCCCUCACGGUGGGGCGGGAUGAAAUAAUCGACGCCCUCCGGGAUGGGAACACAGAACUCAGCACUGAGGUCCUGGAGAAGCUUUCGCGGCUCAACAUCUCUAAAGAAGAAGAGUCCACCAUCUUGAAGUUCUCUGGGAACCCCGACAGGCUUGCCCCUACGGAGGCCUUCCUCCUCCGCCUCCUCCUUGACGUGCCCAAUCCGAUUGCACGUGUCAAUGCACUGCUUUUCAAGGUGAACUAUGGUGCUGAGGUUGCACAGCUCAAGCACUCGCUUCGGACGUUGGAAUUGGCAAGCCAGGAGCUGAGGACAAAGGGCCUGUUCUUCAAGCUGCUCGAGGCCGUGCUCAAGGCAGGAAACAGGAUGAAUGCCGGAACAGCACGUGGCAACGCUCAGGCCUUCAACCUUACAGCGCUCCGCAAGCUCUCUGACGUGAAGAGCACUGAUGGGAGCACCACAUUGCUGCACUUCGUCGUUGAGGAGGUUGUCCGCUCUGAGGGAAAGCGGCUUGCCAUCAAUCGUAACCACAGCAUCCGCCGCUCAGGCAGUCUCGCAAGGUCUGGCCACGAGGGAGGCAGUUCAGCAGCAGGCUUUGCAAGCCAGGGGCCAUCACGGGAGGAAAGGCAGAACGAAUACAUGAACUUGGGGCUACCAAUUGUUGGUGGUCUCAGCACAGAGUUUGCCAACGUGAAGAGAGCCGCACUGGUCGACUACGAUGCAGUUGUCAGCGAGUGUGCCAUUCUAGACAGCCGACUCAAUGAGAUCAAGAGGCUCUUGGAGACUUGCAGUGAUGAUGGAUUUGCGAGGGGGUUGCGAGGAUUUGUGAAGGCUGCAGAACAGGAGCUGAAGGCACUAAGAAGGGAGCAGGAAAGAGUACUUGAGCUGGUCCGGAAGACAACAGAGUACUACCAUGCCGGCGCCACCAAGGAGCGGAACGCACAUCCCCUCCAGCUGUUCAUCGUAGUGAGGGACUUCCUGGGUAUGGUUGAUCAGGCAUGUGUGGACAUCAAGAGGAAAGUGCAGCAGAAGAAACCGGCACCAUCGUCAUCGCAGCCAAACACAGCUGCUGCCCCCACGGUGGUGGCUGCGGCCACAACAGCAGCGACAGCGUCAGUGACAAAGGAAGCCACCGAUGCUCAAGCAGCACCAGCUCAGAAACCACCCGAAGAGGCAGAUAGCAAAAGGAAGAGGGUCAUGCCAAGAUUUCCAAACCUACCAGCGCAUUUCAUGAAGGAUACUGCAGAUUCUGAUUCAAGUAGUGAUGAGGAAUAG